AUGAUAAAAAAUGAGAAAGUUCUUGCCAGAGUAAAGCCAAUAUCUAAGAUUGGCAAUGAAAAUAUUCUCGGAUGUAUGAAGAUUACUCAUUUUUCAAACGAAAAAUCAAUUAAAGCAUCAUUUCUCGCAACAGAAUUUGAAUUUAUUCUGUUUGAAAGUAGCUCGCCUGAUGUUGAUAUUCAAAUCGCCGAUCGUUUUUUCUGGGAUGAAAUCAUUAGACUGUCAGCUCCUUCAGACAUGAGAAUAAAGCUCGAGACUUCAGAAUCUAGUAUUGAAUUCGAAGUCCCCAACGCUUUUCAAGUCUGUCUUGCCAUGCACACAUGCUGUGCAAGACUAGGAGGCAAGUGCAAACUCGAUUCUGACAGAAUUAAGCCCCAGGAACCUACUCCUUUAUGGAAUUUGUGCCAAUUUAAAUAUAAUUUAUUCAAAAGAGGAAUUCCUCUUCCACAAGUCUUAGUAGAUGAAAUCGAAACAGCUUUACGCCAAUCUUAUCAAAAAUUAGAUCUUCAUGCGCUACAAUGCUCAGAAAAUUAUCUUCCUGACUUGCUCAGUGCAUUCUCGGACUCUACUUGCUUCAAGGAAAUCGUGGUUCCAGCAGCAGCGGAAAACACAAACUGGAAUUUGAUUUGUCCUUUCUUGAAGACAAUGAAAAACUUCGAAACUAUUUCGUUUACGGAAAAACUUAAUAAUCAGAUACCACAGGUCGUCAAUUCAUUGAUUGCAAACAAAGAAACAAAAUUAUCGAAUAUAAACUUCAUAAAAAGCGGAAUUAAUGCUGACAACAUGCCGUUCUUCACUCAGUUAAUUACGUGCAGGAGGUUUAAUAAGCUAACUCUCAUUGAUGCCGUUGAAAAUUCAUAUUUUGAUAAAUUUAUUCACGAACUUUCAAAGACAGACGCAAUUAAAACAUUAAAUACGCUUUGUAUAUGUGAUAUGCCAACAUUAAAUAUCGAUUCGCUUAUGAAAACUCUUCAAUUAGUCAAAGUUUUCGAAUUUCACAACUGCCAAGUUCCAAUCGACUCGAUUUUACCAUAUUUAUCCAACAAAAACCUACAAGGAAUUAUUGUUGAUGGAGGCUACAUCAUUGGCAAAGAGUUAGACAAAAUUCCGAUUUCAUCUUCGAUAAACAACUUCACAUUUACUCAUGUUCGCUGGGAAAACUACAGCCUCAUCUCCAUGUGGUGCCGAAUCCUCAACCACAUCCCUCAGAACAACUUUAUUACGAUGGAUCUUAGUUACGCGCUUACUGGGCCACAGUCAUGGUCAUCCUUCUUCCAAGCAUACUGUGCUUCACCUACCCAAUCCAUUAAGUCCAUAAACUGGUCCGGAAACCAGAUUUCUCCCGUAUUUUUACAAUUUCUCGCCAAAUGCCAGAACUUGUCCCAGGUCUACCUUGACGACUGCUAUACAGCUCAGACGUACAACAGCUUCAUUUCUCCGUUCGCUGAAAUGAUGAAAACAAAUUCUUGCAUUACUGACUUGUACAUGCGCGCUUUCGAUGAUACUACACGCGCUGAUUCAUCCUUAUCCAGGUUUUUGGAGAUUUUAUCUUCAAAUCAGGCGAUAUUAUAUUUAGAUCUUUCCGGACAGCCAUUGGGCGAACAAGGGCUUGCUACACUUGCCACGUUUAUAUCGAACAACAAGAAUUUGAAGACCGUGAAGUUUGACGGCUCUUUAAACGUGUCAAUUGACUCAUUGAUGAAUUUCUUCAACAAAAUCAUGCAGAGGGGCGUUCCAAUUAACAUCGAAUGGCCUUUUGCCGAGAUCGCCAAGCUCCGAAGCAUUUCCGGAAUCCCUGCAUCGAAUAUCUCAAAAUUACGACAGCUUUGGAAGAAUACUUGCAUAGGCGGAAAUACAAAUCAGCCUCUGACAGAUAUAGAACAAGAGCCAGAUAUCAUCAGAAUCACAAACAAUACUUGUCCAGCCAAUUCUCCUCUGGAUGACACUGAUUACCACCCAACGUGGAAGUUUAACUUGCCGCCAAUACCAGAGCCAAACAAUACUCAGCUGUUUCAGAACGCUGCUUCAAUUUAUUCAAUAAAUGAAUUAUUGAAAAGAAUGAAACAGAACUAA